AAGUUUUGUCAUCUCGUUUCCCCUGAUGAAAAGAAAAUGUCCCGGCAAUUUUCCCCAAAUUUUCCUUCAAAAUUGAAGUGAAAAACCUCAUUAAUUCAGGAAAAUAUGGACAACGAUGGAAAUUGAUUAUGAGCUUGCAUAGAGAAUUGGGUCUGUCAAAACCGAUUAAUCCCUUUGAGUUUUUCUGGUGAAAUUCUAGGGUUUAUGAGUGAAUUCUGUUGAAAAAGUGUAUGAGUUCGAAUUUGUUUCGGAGAUAAAGAAAUUAUGUCGUACGAAGCUUCAACAAUGUCGAACAACAUGCAGUUAGCAUAUACCGCUGAUGGAACAGCUACAUAUAUCUCGAUGAGUCGACCUGCUUCGUCGUCCUCGCCUUCACCAACUCCUACUUACAACAACCCUAACGGUGCCGGCGCUGGAGGCAGAAAUACUGGUGAAAAUAAUUCUAUUGCUAUGGUGACGGCAGGGAUGGACGCAUACGGUGGCGAGGUAGUGAAGCGGAAGAGAGGGAGGCCCAGGAAGUAUGCGCCCGAUGUUUCUCUGUCUCCGGCGGCGAGGUUGUCACCGCCUGGUCAAGCGGCUCCCCAAGUUAGUGGCCUUUCGUCUCCGGCGUUAUCUUCAGGGAAGAAGCCAAGGGGCAGACCACCGGGUUCUUUGAACAAGCAGCAACCUGCUGCAUCUGGUUCACCAGGAGUGGGGUUCAUGCCACAUAUUCUUGAUGUUAAAGCUGGAGAGGAUGUGUUGGCCAAAUUAAUGUGGUUCGCGCAGAAUAGCACUAGAGCUCUCUGUGUUCUAUCAGCUAAUGGUGCGGUAUCUAAUGUGACACUUCAACAGUCGGCAACAUCUGGUGGAACUGUCACAUAUGAGGGACGUUUUGAGAUCCUCUCUCUUUCUGGUUCAUUUAUGGUGUCUGAGACUGGUGGUCAACGCAGUAGAACGGGUGGGUUAAGCGUGGCUCUCUCUGGGUCAGACGGUCGUGUUUUAGGUGGUAACGUGGCUGGGCUCCUAACUGCUGCAUCACCACUUCAGGUUAUUGUUGGUAGCUUUAUUCCUGCAAGUCAGAAACAAACAAGAACAGCAGGAACUAACGAGGCAGAAGUUGUAAAUGCUCCGGCAAAUCUCGUCUCUGGAACAUCAGCAGGAGGAACGCAGAGCGAAUCUUCAGGUGGGGGCCUCGGCAGCCCUCUUGGUCACAGCAACAACAGCAAUCCACAAGGUAUCACUACUAUGCCUUGGAGAUAAAAUCCCAUUUAUUUGUGUUGUAAGCAACAGAACCCUUUAUUAGGAACCUUGACCUUUUUACUCUUUUUUUUUUCUUUUUUUUUUCUUAAAUUUCUGAAGUCCUUCGUUCGCAUGGCCUAUGAAACCUUGCCCUUUAUGUUUAACGUUGAGCCUUUUAACUUAGAAAGCAGUUUAGAAUUGGUAUUUUGCUUGACUUAUAAAAUGUCGGUAUUUCUAUUUG